AAUAUUGAGUGAAGAGGUUUGGCAGAUCAAAGUAACGAAAGAGAGAGGCGUUCAAAUCUUGUGCCCUCUGCAAUCUCUCUUCUCUCUCCUCCCUCUCCAUUUAUUUGUCUCUCUCUAAAUGAUGCUGCGUGCAUAUAGUUUUCCAUAUAUAAAGAAGACAAGAGAAGAGAGAUAGAGAGAGGCAGAAGAGGAAGAGAGAAAGAGAGAGGAGAGGGUAAUCUUUUCCCCAAAGGAAAGAUCUCUUCCUCAAUCUAGUCUCAUCUCUCGGAAGCUGCCCCGAGCUUCCAAGAUGAACGAUCUUUGGGAUUCUCUUUCGCUCCCUCGGGGUCUGUCAAGGAGACAGGACGACAUUGAAAAAGGACCUCAGAGAUCGGGAGAAUUAGGGUUGAAAUUCUUCUUUGAAAAGGUUAAAGAGAUCGAUGAGCCAUAUGAAAAACUCUCUACACUGCUGAAAAAUCUUCAGGAUGCUCAUGAAGAGUCGAAGGUUGUUACAAGGGCUUCGGAUAUGAAAGCAAUCAAGCAUCGAAUGGCGAAGGAUGUUGAUGAAGUUGGAAGAACUGCCCGUUUUAUUAAAUCAAAAAUCGAGGAGCUUGACAGAGAUAACUUGGCCAUUAGAAAAAAGCCUGGAUGUGGACAAGGAUCAGGAGUAGACAGAACAAGAACAGUGACAACAGUGGCUUUGAAGAAGAAGUUCAAAGAUAGGAUGCUUGAAUUUCAGAUUUUGAAGGAGAAUAUACACCAAGAGCAUCGCGAAGUUGUUGAGAGACGAAUAUUCACAGUCACGGGUACAAGACCUAGCAAUGAGAUAAUUGAUAAAUUAAUAGAGACCGGGGACAGUGAGCAGAUCUUUCAAAAAGCAAUCUGUGAACAAGGCCGAGGCCAGAUAGUGGACACUCUAGCAGAAAUUCAAGAACGGCAGGAUGCCGUUAGAGAUAUAGAAAAAAAGCUUAUGGAUUUGCAUCAGAUAUUCUUGGAUAUGGCAGUACUUGUGGAUGCUCAAGGGGACAUGCUUAACAACAUAGAAUCACAGGUUCAUUGCGCUGUAGACCACGUGCAGUCAGGAAAUACAGCCCUGCAGAGGGCGAAGAGUUUGAAGAAGAGCUCUAGAAAAUGGACGUGCAUUGCAAUCUUGAUUUUUUUGAUGGUGGUGGCGAUCAUCCUCAUUAGCGUGCUGAAGCCCUUUCGUAUCAAGAACGGUGCAUAGCAGCUCUAGGCUAGAGUGAUUACACAGUGUAGGAAGGCAAAGCAGUUUUUGUAGUCUGCACAAUGCUUCUGCCUUAGCUUCUUCUAACAUUCUUUCCAUCAUUUUUCUUUUUCUUCGUGCAUUUUAGUCUGCACGACGUCUUGUAAUCUACCAUAUCAGAAUACUCUUAGUUGUUAGGUCUUGUAAGCUAACCAAGUUAUUUAUAAGACUCAGAAAAAGAAAAAAUCAUAUCAAUUUCUUUUUAA